AGCAGCGGCCCUCGUCUGUCUCCCCUCAUCUCCCGCUAACAUCCAAUUUGCGGGAAGGAAGUGUAAGAUUCAAUCUGUCUGUCUGCCGCACAGAUUUGGCUGCGCUGCCGUGGAAAAUCUGUCACCUGGGCAGUGAUUAUGAUGCGAUGGCAAACCGCGCGAUCCUUUCAACCGUUGUGAACUUGGAAGAUGAUGACGACGACGAUAUUAAGCUUCCCAGUAAGUCUGGGGACGCACUUGCUCCCCAGCCACCGGGAACUAUUUCCGACAGCAGGUCUCCCUCCUAUGUGAGUGACCUGGAACAAGAUGAUACCGAUGACGAAUUCAAGCCUCUCUUUGAUUAUACUGAAACCGUUCCAUCUCCAACCUAUUUUAGCGAUGACGAUGAGGACGAUUUCAAAUUCUCAUCAGCUCCUAAACGCAGGUGCGUUAGGGCGCAAGCUAAGGAACCAUCAACACCAAGUCCUCAGGAGGAGAUAGUCACUGUGGGUGAUGAUGAUGACGAUGAAAGCUGGUUGUUACCCUCGCCCCCAAAGUCCUCGCCUCUCAAGUUUCCGAAUAGGGCUACGUCUGCAUUGCUUUCUGCAAAUUAUGCAUUACACCAAUUAAGGCAGAGUCAGACUGAGCUGAUGGGGCUACAAUUUGCGGCAUCACCAGAGGGAAUAAAAAGAGUUGAGGAGCAAGCAAAGCUGCAAUUACAACAUCGUCCAGACCCGGAGUCUCCUUUGGCCGCGAAUACUUCCAAGGAUUUGAACUUUCACGAAGAGAUACUAGAGAGUAAAUCCGUUACUCCGGAGAAAAGAGAGAAAGUUUUGCUUAAAGUGCAAAACAAAACUGGAAGUUAUCAAUCUAUCCGGAUAUUCAUGACCGACAAAUUUGAGAAGCUAUUUAGCGUAUACGCGGAAAUGGUGGAUGCUCCGCUUGCAAAUCUGAGUUUUUGUUUUGAUGGGGAUCAACUCUCUUCUUGCGGCACACCUAAGGAGCAUGACAUGGAAGAUGGUGACGUCAUUGAAGUGUACAGUAAAAUUUGACUGGAUUUUCAAUCUGUAUUUAUAUGAAGAUGUUGAGGUGUAGAAGUUUUACAUCUGCCUUGGGAAGACAUAGAUUGGGAGUGAGCUUCUCUUGCAAGUCAGGAAGUAGUCGGAUGAUCGAAGUUUAGUUUUCAAUGACUUGCUAAGCUGGGGGAUUUUCAGAGUUGCGAGUGCCCCUCGAAGCGUUUGUAAAUGGCUUGAAACUUUUAAAGAUACAUUCUUUGAUAUUUCAUGUGAUUACCCAGUUUUAUGGGGUUGUGUUUAGAACAUAGUUUGGGAGAACCGUUUUUUCUUGUAGCAGUAGGUAGAAUCUUUUGACAAUUUCCAGUAGAUAAUAAGUUGUCCACAUAGAGAGAACCAAGAGUAGUAUUUUUUCAAUCUAAAAUUUGUAAUCACCUUCUCCUUAUGGAAAACACUGGUUGCUUAAGAAAGAUUCAAUUUUAUCA